AUGGACGAGCACCAGCCACCUUUCGACCCGCUUAUCGUGUCCGGGGAGGACCUGGAUGUGUUUGAUGACUGGGAUGGCUAUGAAAGUGGGUACGAGGUGAGGUUUGCGGUCCUCUCCGGGAAGUUCGUCAUUAACCGCACAAGAAUGGACGGAGAUAUCACGCAUACCGACAAGGGGAAUAUGUCAUUCCCAACGACGAAAGGGAACAAGAGCGGCUCGACUUGGUACUCUCAAUCCUUCCUUGCCAUGGGGGGAGACUUGUACCGCGCCCCCCUUCCAAAACUACAACGAGUUCUGGAUAUUGGCACCGGGACGGGAACGUGGGCGAUUGACAUGGCGGACUCCUUUCCCGAUGCCGUGGUAAUCGGCACGGAUCUAAGCCCCAUUCAACCCUCAUGGGUUCCACCAAAUUGUGUUUUUGAAAUCGAUGACUUCGAGCUAGAGUGGAAUUUCUCGCGGUCAUUCGAUUACAUACAUGCACGGGCAAUUGAAGGUUGCGUCCAUGACUUCCCGCGUCUUUUCCAGCAGGCCUAUGAGUCGCUCAGUCCCGGGGGAUGGUUCGAGAUCGUCGACUUCACUGCUGGCAUCUUCUCCGAUGAUGAAAGUACGGAGAAGUCCCCACAUCUUCUUGAGUGGCGGGAUCAACUCAUCCACGCAAGUCGAAGGUUCGGGAAACCUUUGGGUGUCUCGGGUCAAUACAGCGAGUGGAUGACACAAACGGGAUUUGCAAAUGUCCGCCAGGAAAUCAUUCAGGUCCCAUUCGGUCCAUGGGCGAGAAACACUACGCUGAAACGGCUCGGCAUAUAUCAUCAAGCGAAUAUGCUGGAGGCGCUCGAAGCAUAUUCAUUGGCCCUGUGUACCCGGUACCUUGGAUGGAGUGUUGAAGAGGUACAGCUGCUUUUGAUUGGGGUCCGAAAUGAGCUGAAGGAUCGGUCUUUGCAUAAUUACUCCAAACUCUACGUGGUAUAUGGUCAGAAAGAGGCAUUCUGA